UUUCACCAUCUGGUAACAUUAUUAUACCGAAAUCUUGUUUUUUACUUCUAUGGAAAUCGAAUUAAACCGAAUAAAAUAAGAUAUUUAAUUAAAUUAAGAAGAAAUACGUUGGAACUAUGGUGAAUGACUCGGGUCUUUCGACUGUCGAUGACUUGGAGCAAAAACUGAACUCGGCCAAGCAGUCGCUGUUGAUUCUAAAUGAAAACAUUCGCCGCAUUGCUGGUCGCGUCCCCAAAGAUUCCCAGCAAAGAUCGGAAAAGUUUAAGUACACCCAAGAUGGCAAGAAGAACGAUCACAACGGUGAGCGACCGUUUCCUCGGAAUGGCCCAGGUGGGGUCUUCAAAGACAAGCGGCGGGUGUACGAAAGCAAAAACCCCAAUCCCCGCUUUCCCAUAGAGGAGAACGACAGUCGGCCUCCAAGAAUUAACUCCCGUGUUAUCAGAGAAAUGCCAACCAAAAAGGAGGUUGUUGAGGCGCAAGGAACUGAUUCUGAGUCGAGAGCCCGGAAUCGCCGUAUGUUUGGAUCACUGCUGGGAACUCUACAAAAGUUCUGUCAGGAGGAGUCGCGCCUGAAGAGCAAAGAGGAUAAGAAGGCAGAGAUCGAUAGGAAGGUCGAAAAACAAGAACUCCAGGAAAGAGCCCUGCUGAGAAAACAGCGAGAAACUUUAUUUCUAGACAGAAAAAAAAAACAGUUCGAGAUUCGAAGAUUGGAGUACAAAAUGGCUAGGAUGAGGGAUUUCAAAGCCUGGGAAGCGACCAUGUCGUUUGCUCAAAAUAACAUAAGAACCAAAACGAAACCACACCUCUUCUUUAAGCCAAAACAUCAUUCCACUCGAACGGAAAAGCUGUUGAGUCAAAGCAAAAUUGAAGCAGAUGUCUUCAUAGAAUGUAGGCGAGAAGAAUUGGAGGUCGAGCUGAAGAACUUGGAGAACAUGAACUUUGCGAAAAUGGGGGACGACAACGUAAUGGACGACAGUUUUUUUGAAGAGCCAGACGACGAAGAACACUUGGAUAAGUCUUCAUUAUAUGGUAAAUGAAGUUCGUGGAAAUAAAUGAUGCUAAUCUAGGAAUAAAGGAUUAAAAUUAAUACAAAUUUAUUAAA